UUGUGCCGCCGGUUAUUGGUCGGCUGAAAAGUUUUUGUGAAAAUGCUAGUUCGAAUGCGCCAACUGGCCUUGCCAGGUCUUUUAGCGAUGCACUUAGUACUUCCCCCACUCUUAAAAAAAUAGUAGAAAUGUUAAAAGAUGAACAAUUUAGCCUUGAUCUUCUUUAUUGGUUUAUUUUGUCUUGGUUUGUUAUAAAAGAUUUAAUUAGUAGCAGAUGA